AUGGCCGAGGUGGUGGGUCUUAUCACCGGCGUCGCAGGCCUCACGCCCCUGGUCGCUGGCGUUGUCGGCGGCAUCAGACGAUUGCGACGCAUCCGCAAAGACUCGACGGAGAUCCCAGAAGGACUCGACGCUCUGAUCAGAGAGUUAGAACUUCUGCAGGCGGCCAUGACAACCACAAACACCAUACUCUCCACAUUCGGCGCAGACCAUUGCCAUGAAAGCAUCACCGCCGUGGUCAAAGGCAUUGAAGAGCUGCUGGACAAAUUCCCGCUAAAAUUCAUCUCAAGCGGCAAGAAGCCCAAGUUGAAAGAAGCAUGGGAUCUACGCCAUUGGAAGGAGGACGUCGAGUCGCUGCAAAAAACCGUCAACAAGGCAAAACAGGAUCUGAGCUUUUGCUUGCACGUGAACCUCUCAUUGAGCACGAUUCAGGCAAAUAAUAUAGAGAUAUCUUCGAGCUCCGAAGCCUCCAGUUCAUCUAGUUCAGUGACGGAAUCUGAAGCACUGUCGUCUUUCUCCCCUAUUAAGUACACACCUCCUCGACGAAUCGUGCGGCAGGAUUGCACAAUCAAAGCGUGCUCCUGUUCAUGCCAUCGAAUUUCCCGAAUAUCAAGACGAUUCUGGGCUUUGGACUACACCGGUCUGUUUCCACCCGGCAACAAAUGCGACCAGCCUACGUGCACAGCCUCAGCCUACGGAUUUCGCCUAAGGGUGGCGCUUUCGCAACUGGGGAUUCCUUGGUCAGUGACCAUGGGCCUCCGCCUUCUGGCAGGAAUUGGGAGCUUCAGCAUCCAGCCAGCCCUUCUGGCGGAACGAGUCGUCCCGUACACGUCUCCGGGUUUCGAGAUAAUUUGGAGGUUUAAGCAUCGAUUCAUGAAUGCGGAUGAAGCGUGUAUGGCGUUCCGAAAACUUGCACAGGAAGACCCAAGUCUCCACCUUCAUGUUGAUCCGUCUGGAUCUUCCUUCCUCAUCAACUGUGUAAAGUGGUCCUACAAUAAUGCACAUGUGGUCCUGCUAGAGACUGCAUUGGAGUCUGGAUUUGAUCCAACAGCAAUCGACUCACCACAUUUUAGUGAAUGGUUGGAGUCCGGCUCACCACUUUUUAGUGAAUGGUCGGAGUCACAUUCACCCUACAUGCCUACCCCGCGACGGAUCCUGGACCCAUUCUUUCUGCAGCUUCUCACCCUCGUAUGCAAGAACAACCAAGGGUUUGCUGGGAUGACACCUCUUCACGAAGCUGUACUCUUUGGACAGCCCGAAGAUGUACAUCAUUGGGCUAAACGGUCAGGAAAGAACGAGAGGAACUUCUUGGGCCAGACACCUCUGCAUCUAGCCGUUUCCAAACCCCAGCACCUGCAGGCAAUUCUCGACGCCGACCAUGAUCCAGAUGCUACUGAUGCAUAUGGACUUACGCCCCUGAUGUACUCGGCGGCUUCCAACGCCAUUGGCGCAGCAAGGAUACUGAUUCGUGCUGGUGCUGAUCCUUUCAUGAGGCAUCACAUGCUUGAUUUCACUUUCACCAGUUUCGCGGUCGCUCGUUGCAACUGGGACUUCAUCAUGGAACUUUUUAGUUUUUUUGAUGACGAGGCCAUGCACAUCACAUCAGAAGUGCUUGCACAGCAGGCCGUUUCGGUUCUCUUCUUAAACGCCUACCGACCCCGUUACAGGGAAGGAAACGACUGCCUACUGCACUUGCUUUCUAGGUGCAAGUCACUAAAUUUUGGCCUUAAAACUCUACUAGAAAUCGACCACACAAGAAUAGUUGAGGGUAGGACUCUCCUGCAUUAUGCUAGCUCGGUCAAUGAUGUGGAUGCUUUGCUUGACCAUAGUUCCAGUAUCAUCAAUCAGGUGGACCAGAAAGGUCAGCACGCUCUAAUGAGAGCUGUUGCUCGGGCAAAGCUUUCUGAUCUGGAGCCUCUGAUUCGGCGUUUGCUGGAUGCUGGUGCUGACAUCAACCUACAAGACAAUAGAGGCCACACCGCCUGCCACAUUAUGAUGCAACGCUUGUCACAAUGUGCAUCAUUCGCCACCAAGGGAAAUCUAGACUUUCUACACGCCCUAGUUGCCCUUGGGGCAGAUGCUCUGAGACCUGACAACUGCAAAUGCUCUUGCUCGGUGUCAGGCUGUCUCCCAACAGUACCAGAUCUACCAAAAAUGGCGCUCUCUCCCCGGCAGCCGGCAGGAGGUUCAGUUAUCCUUUUGGUGGAAUGGAUCAUUCUCAUCCUUGAAACUUACGGGAUAGAAACAGCAAAUCAGACUCUCCUGGCCACUAUUCGACAAGCUGAGCACAAAAAGCUGGACAUGACGCAUACCUGCUGCCAGUGGAGGGCAGCUUCUUAUCUCCCUGGAGACCAUUACCCAGACCCAAUGCCUGAGGAUGAUAUUAAUGAAAUCCUAGAAGAAGAAUCCGAUUUUAACAAAAUCCUAGACGACAAGAUGGAGCACAAGUCGGAAAGAGAGUUCAACUCCCUUUUACGAAGUGCCAUUCUGGAUACGAAACCUCCCAUAGACCAAACUAUUCAACAACCACUAAUUCAUACUUACUUCUUUACGAUGAUACCAAGCUAUGAGGGGUAUCACGUGGACCGCGAAAAUGAUCGCUUUGUCCCCGAAGGCAAACCUCAUCCCCCAGAUGCGCCAAUUCGUGGGAAUGUCAUCAUAGGCAUUGCUUUGUAUGCCUUGUGGCUUGAAAAGAAAUUCCGCAAGGGCAUUUCGGAACAGAUGAAGGUAAACUCUUGGAGAGUUUGCUACCUUCGAAGGCUCUCCUGGUUGUACUACAUCUGCAGUAUCAUGGAGGUUUCCACUGAGGAACUGGUCGAGGAGUUUCGGCAUCAAGCCGCAGAUCACGAAAAUCAGUCUGACGAGAAGAAAGCUAUCAAUGGAGAUGUCCAGCACUUCUGUCAGUCAUGGGAAGAAUGGGGCGCCAAAGGGCCAGCGAUGGGGGUUGAUUCGACUGAUGGAUUCGCCGACUGGCCCUUCGAGAAGGAGAGUGACUAG